AUGCCUAAAACUGUAAAAUCACUAAAGACAACAUGUCAAGAUCUAUUAUCAAAAUACUUGGAUGCUCUGACUGAUGUUGGCUGUGUGCCCUAUUCAUUAAUAAAAUCUUCACUUGUUCAUGCAACUCCACAACAACUUUAUAGAAUUGAACGAGCCAAUCCAGAUAUCGUCUUAGAAUCAGAUGAAUUAUGGUUAAAACAUUGUUUGCAAUUUAAGGAUUUCCGAGAUGAAUACAAACAAGGAUUACAUGCUGAUGCAACACAAUGGAGACAGUUUUAUUUGAAACGAGUCGAAGAAAACGAAAAGAAAAAGGAAAUGAUUAAAAAUAAGAUUAAGAGUCAAUAUAACAAGAUUCAAAAUGAAAAAGAAAAGAGAUCUAUCAAAGUGUUGCAUGGACUUGUUUCUACUAAAGGAAAACGGACUUAUGAAUCAGCAAGACAAUCUACGAUGAGUAAAUUGUUUCAGCAAACAAAGAAAGAAACGGAUAAAAUCGUAACUAUUUAUAAUUCUUCAAUUAAACGACCUACUUCAAGGCCAACAUUUAUACGAGCACCAACAAAAUCUUAUGAAAGCAAUAAUAGAUUAUCAAAAAGGGCGAAGACCGAACAUCAGCCUUCUAAUAUUACUAAAAGAAGUGUUUCACAGGUUAAUUAUAACCUAUUUAAAGAGCUAUCUUGA